AUGGUAAAGAAGCACUGUAAGUUUAUACUUGCGUUGGUUGGAGUGGCAAGCCUAGCUGUCAUGUGUCAAGCUGACGGCGGACACGGGCAUGGAGGCGGAUACGGACACGGAGGUGGACACGGCGGUGGAUACGGGCACGGAGGUGGACACGGCGGUGGAUAUGGACACGGUGGCCAUGGGCACGGAGGUGGAUAUGGAGUAGGCGGCAUCUCGAACAGUAAUUUCAACCUGGCAGGUCCUAAGGGUGGAUAUGGUCAUGGGGGUGGCCACGGAGGUGGAUACGGCCAUGGAGGUGGCCACGGAGGUGGAUAUGGUCAUGGAGGUGGCCACGGAGGUGGAUAUGGUCAUGGAGGCGGCCACGGAGGUGGGUAUGGUCAUUAAAUGUGAUCGACAGAUUAAGAUAUUUUCGCUCUGAAAAGGCACUUAGGAUUAAGAAGCUUAGUGGAAAUUUCAUCUGGUAGCCGUGAAUCAUUAAGCAUCAUUACCUACUUAUAUCACUUAAAUACAUAUAUGUCAUUAACU